GUACAUAAGCAAGCGCUGAGUUAAGAAGGAGUGCAGCUCGGCCCCUUACGACGCGCAUGUCAGCACCUACAACCGCGUCGAAUGCUUGUAUAUAACAUACUCUAUUCAACAAUAAAUUCGGAAAAGUGAGGCGAACAAAAGUGAAAUUGACAUACGCUGUGCAACCGUGAGACGACGACGUUGAUGAAAAAGAUACCUCAGUGCUACAAAGGCAGUUAAAAAGCGCAUACGCGUAAUCAGUAUUGCACACUUCAUAUAUUGUACUACAAUAUAUAUAACUUUAUACGUAAAUACAAAUAAUCAUGGGUAGCUGCUGCUCAAAGGAUCCGGAUGCACAGACCUCCUGGAGUCCUUCGGAGACGAAAAAUGCGGUAUGAAACGAAAAGAGAGUGAAUUAUGAGCAACAUGUUGACAAAGUGCGUGCUUAGUGGUGUGAAAAUGCUUAGUGGUCUUAGGAAUUUCGCAGUUUUAGCAAGCAGUGCGUUUCGAAAAUCAUGUGCCUGCAAGUGUACGCACGCUUUGCACAAUAUUUUUUGGCAGCUUUAGAAGUUUUGUACUUCAGCAUACUUGAGCUUUCUUAUAUUUAUAUGCAGUAUUAGUCAUAUAGAAAUAUUCUCGACAUGAGUCAGAGUCGUUUAAGCACUAAGCGCACAAGUAAGCGGUGCGAAGUGGGGGAAGAGCGUUGCUUAUAAAUUGAACAAGCGCCCUCCCAUGCUUUGUGUGUGCAUAUCAAAGAGCGCUAGUAGCGUUGUUAACGCCAAGAAAGCUCCACUCUAUUUGCGAUAACAAAUAUAAACGUUUACCAGGUCAAGGGCAAAAUAGGUUAAAAUUCAAUUUUAUAUUCAUUUAAGAACUAGCAAUUGCGCAGAGACAUGAAUUACAGAGCACAACGUCGACAAUUGUUGCGCAGCCAACGAACGAUAAUACUUCGGCUGGCGUGUUUACGAGCACGUUAGUUGUGCCGGCUGAGACAGAUGGCAUGAGCUCCGAGACAACGACAACAACUAUUAUAAAGACAACAAAAGUCACAGAGACUGUGACGACCUCGGAGGAAUAAAUGCUGAUAACGCCACUGUGUGUGGCGGCAGGAAACGAGUGUAUAACGACCAAAUAAUGAAAGCAUUUAGUAUUAAUUUAUACACAAUUAAGUAACACAUGUAUACACACCAUACAUACAUAUACGUACAUAUGUAUAAGCAAAAAAAUUGGUACGAACCCAGUUGAAGAAAGUACACAUUACAGUUAAAUAUUUAAAAUGAAAAAUAUUGUAGCAGACGAGUUCAUUGUAAAUAGAUUUUUUUAAUGCGUGCAAUAAAUAGUAGUUUUUGAUAAAAUUAUAAAAUUCUUGACUUAGUGGCAACACUACAUUCCCUGCUCCAAAACACGCUAAGCCGCUAAGCAGUAGUAAACUGAGGAAUGUGUUAUGAGCGUAAGCUUUCGCCGUCGAAAGUUGAGACGCAUUUUAUUAAGCGGACAGUGCAUCAGUAAAUGCAGCGUCAAAGCGUUGAGCGUGAAAAGGAAAACACAUUUCAUUCUUAUUAUUAGCUGGCGCAGCAGACAAGUUCAACAACUUGCGCCUGUUGCCUGCCCAGCAUCGCGCUCGAAACGCUUGUCGCCGCUGCGCAGCCAGUUCUAAUCAGUCGUUGCGCGCAGCUUUAAUAAGCGCUCGUAUAAUCGUCAAUCAGUUUAGUUGAAAUACCCGUCGCGACAACAACAUCCCUCGCAGCAUACAACGCGCGCAACAGUUCGCAUAUUAUACAAAUUUUAAUUUAAUUCAAUAAUUUAUAAAUUCAAAUACAAAUUUGCACGUCAACGUGUAUUGUUUGAGCGAGUUGUUUGUCAACGCUUGACGCGUUUUUGCUGCAAAUUAGUAUUGCAAUUGAUUUUGUUGUUGCGCGCGUGACAGAUGGCGCAGGUUUUUAUCACGUUAGUGGUCGCCGUGUUGGCGCUUAGCAGUUUUGCGCAGGGCUUCGUGCUGCCACACUAUGCACAGCUCAUGGGCAACGAUUACGAGUACGUCGAGGAGACGCCGAGCGCGCCCACACCAACUCCCAGCUACAUAAUGCGCAUCGCACAGUCCAAUGAAUUGGGUGAACCCGUUGUGGCCGAGGUCACCAAAUUCAUCGAUAACAAGAGCACGGCGGAUGCUGCAAGCGCCGACCAACGGCGCCAAGGCAAGACGCUGACCUACACAGAACUCGACAAACUGCUGGCCAAUUGGCAAAUGGCUAAGGAGCGCAAUGCUUACGAAAUGCAAGGCGACAGGCGGUACGGCGGCUAUGCGCGCCACUACUGAUGGCGUUCCAGAAAUUUUGGUUCGUUUAUGUUUAUGUUUGCGAAAAUGUUGUCUUUUCUGCCGACUGCUAACGCUGCUUUAAAUGUGUUGCUGAUAACGCAAUGCGCAUUGCCAUUGCUGAACAAAGCGGAGUGGGUGUCGGCCAUAGCUAAAAUUCAAUAUUUACAUUUGAUAAUUGUUUUUUUUAUUUUAAGUCGUUUUAUUAAUAAAAAUUAACUUUAAUUGUGCCAUAACAGCGAAGCAGAAGGUUAAAACGCAUUAACUGUGUCAGCUUAUAUGGUAAAUGUUAGUUUAGUUAGUAUUAUCUCAUAGGUAUCCCGCUUAUAAACUUCAACAGAAUAAAGCACUCUAUAAAAGCUGCUAUCAAACGGCCAAGUACACAAAUAAAGUAAAUUGUUGUGUGCAUUUUAUUUCAAAUAUAAUUGGCAGCAAUUAAGUCGCUAAUAGAUAAGAUAAAAAUUGAUAGAAAGUGGUGGGUUGGUGUCAGCUCCCAAUACAUUGUGACGCAGCGCUCAUUGCGUAAAUCUCAUAAUACUGUUAAACUAACUUGUUGUUAGUUUUCACAAAUAUUUUUACUAUUUAAUAUAACAUUAUCUAUGAGUACCACUUUCAGGUAACUACAAUCUAGGUACAGCAUAAAUGUGUCAUAGGUUCACGGUAACUCAUGCACAUAAACUCAUUUACCUGUAGACACAUUAUUGUUAUAAAUAAAUAAACAAAUCAAUUGGCUACGUCUAGCGGAUUGAUUUAUUGCAAUAAA